AUGGAGAAGAAGGAGCAACAGCAGGAUGAGAAUUACAAGAGCAAGAGCAUUCACGAUAUUCUCCCUCUUGAGCUGAUUCACAUCAUCUUACUUAGGGUGCCGCUCAAACAUCUCAGUCGCCUCAAGUGCGUUUCGAAGCUUUGGAACACUCUCAUUUCCGAUCCACACUUUGCGGAAUCGCAUCUUCACCUCUCUACCGCACCCACCCAUGUAUGCCUCUUCAUAAAUGAGUAUUCCCAGGCUUUCUCCGUUGACAUUGACGCAGUAUUUGACGGCUACAAGCAUGCUACUGCAAUAAAAGAGGUAUCUCUCCCUUUCAAGAUGAAAAGACGUUAUAAUUUUGAAGUUAUGUGCUCCUGCAGAGGCUUUGUUCUCUUACACCGAGCCCCGCAUUUUUUUGUCGUAUGGAAUCCAGUGACUGGAUCCAGCAAAAGAGUAUCCUACUCUCACAUUGUUUCUCGUUGUAAUCGCAAGUGCUUUAAGUUUCCCGGUAGUGCGAUUUUGUAUGGAUUUGGUUACGAUGCUUCACAGGAUGACUACUUAGUUGUUGUAGCUUCUCAGGAUAUGCAUGACCAAGAGCACUUUGAUUGUUUGUCUUUUAAAACCAAUUCAUGGAUUAAUCUUGAUUCUGCACUCUCCAAACCCUUGGGUAGGAGCAACUGGGAAUCUCGUGGGUUCUUCUUGAAUGGCGCUAUUCAUUGGUCGUCCCGCACUCUUAGAGUUAGAGAUUAUAGUAUUCUUAUAUUUGAUUUGAAGGAAAGAAGUUUCUCAACCAUAUCUAUGCCUGAACAAGUGAUGGGUUAUGUCGAUCCCACUUAUCUCUUCCUAUUAGGAGGGUGCCUGGCCUUGUAUUCUUAUAGAACCAAAGGCAAUAAAACUAACAUAUGGGUAAUGAAAGAAUACAAAGUGCAUUCAUCUUGGACUUUCUAUGAGAUUUCUCGUGGACAGUCUGAGCCUCUCUGCAUUUCCAAUGAAAGUUACAUUGAGCCUCUCUGCAUUUCCAAUGAAAGUGACAUUGUUGCAUUAUAUGAUUUUUGUUCACGUCUCUUCUUAAAUUUUACCAAAUAUAAUACUAGAGGAGAGCUCCUCCAAUACAAGUAUUUUGAUUAUCGUCAUCUCGAACAUUUUAAAGAUCGUUAUCAUUGGUUCUCUGAUUACGGCACAAGCUACACUGUAUACACACAGAGUCUCCUGCCACUCCCUAGUGACAUUAAGGAUAAGGAUAAGGAUAAGAAGAAGAAGAAAAAUGGUAUGUAA